GAUUCCUCAGCUCAACAUUAAUACCUGCUUGUUGCCACCCCACCUCUCUCGAAACCACACAAUAACUGGAUACCUGUCUGCUUACACUGUAAGCACACGCACACACGCACACACAGCGAGCGGAUGGUGUGUGAGUGAAACCAAAGUCAUGGCUAGACUGUCAUGUGCCGCCGUUUCACGAGGGAGAUAACGAGUUUCACUCCAUCCUCUCCUGCGGGCGCUCCGCUCAAACGCCCACUCUUCCUCUUGGCCACGUGCCACAGUCUGAACGGGUGUUUCAUAUUUUUGUCAAGUUUGUUGUUGUUGUUGUUGUUGCGGUGUGAGUGGGGAUAAAUGGGCUGCGUGGCCGGUCAUAUGCAAAAGUUGAAACGGGAUAUUCUUCCGUGUGUUUCUUUGUGAGAGUGUCCCUGUGCCUGACGUCAUAUCAUGGAGUCAAAUGAGGAAACUGCAUUUUGAACUGUAGAAAAACACCAUCUUAUCCACGCCUCGUUAUUAUAGUGUAAGAUGCAAGUCUCUGAAUCCGGACUGUCCGUUUUCUUUUGGUAAACAAAUGACCAUAUGAUUGACCCACACAUCCUCUGGCCUACAUUAUUCCAAGGGCGUGCGAUGGCGAAGUCGGCCCAGUUCGCGAACCAAUUAGUUGUGCAUUGCGGAAAUUCAAAACGGCCCUAAAGUGCCAUAACUUCACCUCGAGGCCAAUUAAUUAGGGCAUUAAGUAUUGCUACGCAAGCAGUAAGGGCUUCUCUGCAGCCGUGACCACGAGUUUCACUGGCAUCGAUUCAUGCACCUGUGUUGUUAAUCAUUGGCAACUGUCAAGAAAUUUCCAGUCGCAGUCAACAGAGGACUGACACGAUUAGAAUGGUGUCAGACACAUAAAAAACAAACAUAAAAAGGGAGACACAUAAAUACAUGACACACACACAGCUACACACAGUGCCUGGGGCAGCAGGGAGGCCUGGCAGCCACCACAAUGCCGGUCAGAGGCUCAAAGCUGCUGCAGAAAGUGGCUCCCUCUGCUGCACCAUCUGUGCACCGGGCUCUCCUCCAUGCAUCAGGGCGGGGGGGAACUCAAGGAUGAUGACAUGAUGCCGACCCACUCGUGAGAAUGUAUGAGGUGAUGUCCGGUGACACCCUGUCCUGGAAGGUGCCCAGUCCAAGACCAAGCAGCCAAGAUCACUCCGCUGAGUCGUCCUUCACUGGCGACGGGGGGCCUGUCAAGAUCCUCAAAGUGUGCUUCUGCACCAACAACAACGUGGGCAAGAACUUCAAGCUGGUUAAAUGUGACAGCUCCUGGCAAAUUAGGGCCAUUAUCCGGUCGAUUCUGAUCUGCGGUCGCUUGGGGCCGAACAUCGAGCACGCGGCGUGCUACAGCCUCCUGCUGAAGCACCUGAAGUCGGAAGAGAUUCACUGGCUGCACCCGGACCUGACGGUCGGGGAGGUGGAGCAGCGCUACGAGAGCCAUCACGUGGAGGCCGAGUGGAGGUAUGACCUUCGUAUCAGAUACGUUCCCGUCAAUUUCUUGGAGAAAUUCAAAGAUGACCGAUCUACGUUAGUGUUUUUUUACCAACAGGUGCGUAGUGAUUACAUGCAGCAUUAUGCCUCUAAGGUCAGCGAUGGGAUGGCGCUGCAGCUCGGUUGUUUGGAGAUCAGGAGGUUCUACAAAGACAUGAAUGCAAAAGGUCUCGAGAAGAAGUCUAACUUUGAGCUGCUAGAAAAAGAGGUGGGCCUGGACCUCUUCUUUCCCCAAGAGCUGAUUAACAGCAUGAAGUCAAAGCAUCUCCGGAAGUUGAUCCAGCACACGUUUCAACAGUACGCCACGCUCAGGGAGGACGACUGCAUGGUCAAGUUUUUCGAGACCCUCAAAGACAUCAGCAACUACGAUGAAGAGGUUUUCCCAUGUGAACUAGUGCAAGGUUGGAGUCUAGCGGUGGAGCUGGUCAUCGGUGGGAGGGGCAUCCGCCAACGCACACAGAAGAAUUCAGCGCCUGUUUUUCUAGCCGACUUCAAACAGAUCAAGAAAAUCCAAUGCUUAUCUCAGAGCGAUGGGAAGGCUCUCUUAGACCUCAACAUCGAGGGGGCCAGACAACGGCUAUCGUUCAACGUGGCCACGGUGCCGAUGGCCGAGAACAUGAUGGACCUUAUUGACGGCUACUGCCGCUUGGAAAAUGACACGGAUGAAACCGUUAUCUACCAACCAAACAAAGAUGCCAAUACACGGAGUGCCCUCCCUGAGAUUCCGACAGAAAGAGACACCAGCUCGAUCAGACACAGUAUGGGGUCGGAUAUCUAUUGUGAGAUUCUCGACGAAAGGCUGACACCAGCUGUCAAGUACGGGAUCGAACGAAGUCACAUUGUUCUCGGCCAAAUCCUUGGUGCAGGUUUUUUUGGGGAAGUCUACGAUGGAGUUUACAAAAAAGAUAAUGGCGAGAGGAUUAACGUGGCAGUGAAGACCUGCAAAGACUGUUCACCCGACGUGAUGGAGAAGUUCAUGAGCGAAGCAGUGAUUAUGAAGAACCUCAAUAAUCAGCACAUCGUCAAACUGAUUGGAAUCAUAGAGGACGAUCCCGUGUGGAUAGUCAUGGAGCUUUAUCAGUACGGAGAGCUCGGGAACUACCUAUCAGAGAACCAGAGUACCUUGACGAAUAUAACGCUGGUGCUCUUCAGCCUGCAGAUCUGCAAAGCUCUGGUCUACCUGUCGGGGGUCAACGUGGUGCACAGAGACAUUGCCGUGAGGAACAUCUUAGUCGCCAGUCCGGACUGUGUGAAGCUCGGAGACUUCGGUCUGUCGAGGUACAUUGAGGAUGAAGAAUACUACAAAGCGUCUGUUACUCGGUUGCCAAUCAAGUGGAUGGCUCCAGAAUCCAUCAACUUCAGACGCUUCACCACCGCCAGCGACGUCUGGAUGUUUGCUGUGUGCAUGUGGGAGAUAAUGAGUUGCGGACAGCAGCCGUUCUUCUGGCUGGAGAACAGAGACGUUAUCAACCAACUGGAGCAGGGAAUCCGGCUGCCCAAGCCCGACCACUGCCCCCCUGCCCUCUACUCGCUCAUGACCCGCUGCUGGUCCUACGACCCCCGAGAGAGACCCAGCUUCACCGAGCUGGUGGUGAAGAUCAGUGAUGUCCACAAGAUGGAGCUGGAGGAGGAAGUGGAGAGAGAGAGGGACAGAGCGCGCUCCACCAAAAUCUUCGACGCCAAGUUCAACUUCAAAGAGCCUCCUCCCAAGCCUUCAAGAAUGAAACCAGGGCGGUUCGGGAACACGCUCAGUAUUGGUCUACACAUUCAGCUGAACGAGGGUCUGUGCGCCAGCUCACCCGACCUGGCCAGCCCCUGUGAAUACCAGUCCCCCAUGGACUCCAUAAACACUCUUCCCCUGCCAGCCAUCAGGUCCCCUCGGCGCCGCAGCAUGGGGGAGGGCGAGUUUUUCCGAGCGGAGCCGAGCAGCAGGGAGGACGUCUCGAGCAUGUGGCAGCAGGAGAGGCAGCACAUGCAGAACACUCUCCGCCGGCAGAAAGAGCAGAUGAGGGAGGAUAAGAAGUGGCUGGAGAAGGAGGAGAGACUCCUGGUGGGAAACGGAGCAUCAUUGACUUCAGUCGCCCCCCUCUCCGCGUCUCUGUGUCCCCCCACUCGGUUGAAUGUGGCCCUGGAGGCGACGUGGAGUCGGCCAUCGUCAAACAAUAUCAACCCACUCGUCCACGCUCGGCGCCCCGUUAGCUUUGAAUUGAAUGUUCCCCUGAUGUCAUUUCCGAAGGGGGGGUCCAUGUCCAUAUUGUGUCGAAUGAACCUGCCUGUUCUUUUGCAGGACCCCACGGGACCAGAGGUCGCUGCCGGUCCAGCGUCCCCCGACGCAGAAAAUACAGUCCCAGAGAAGCCCCCGCGGCUCACAGCACAGCCUGCGCCCACAGCUGAGCUGGACCGCUCUGAAGACAAGGUGUACCAAUACGUCAUGGACCUGGUCAAAGUGGUUGUCCAACUCAAGAACGACAUCACAGAGGUGCCACCAGAAAAAUACAUCACCAUUGUCCAGUCUGUUGGGAUGGCUUUACGAGAUCUGAUUCGUAGCGUGGACGACAUCCUGCCCACCUUACACGAGUCCAUCAGGACUGAGAUCGAGGGCACCCAGAAGCUGCUGAACAACGACAUGGCGGAGCUGAUCAGCAAAAUGCGGCUGGCCCAGCAGAACUACAUCACCUCUUUGAAGGAGGAGUGUCAGAAGCAGUUGCUGACGGCAGCACACACUCUGGCUAUGGACAGCAAGAACAUGCUGGAUGCAGUGGACCAGGCCAGGGUCAGGGCCAACUUAGCCAAGCCAGUGGGCCCCUAGUGGACUGGAAGCGCUCCCAUUCCGUUUCACUUCCGCCUGUCAGAAAUAACAUUUGCACAUAGUUGAGUAUUUCUGUUGUUGACAAACUGCGUCAAUUAAGGCCAGUUCUCAUCGUACAUGUGUGUUGGUGAAGCUGGGGUGCAGACGUUUUGACCCCCUCCUUCUGGCAAAGAGAGUAACGUACACAAACACCGUCAACCGGCUGACGCGUAAGGAGUGUUUGUCCUCGCGGUCAAUCGGCUCCCUCUUUUACUUUUUUUUUUUUUUUUACUUCAUUCAAUCCUCUGAACACCUUUUUUAAAUGUAUUUUUUUAAUCUGGGCAUUCACUACAGAAACUUGUCUUCGCUGGUUCUGAGGAUUUUCCGCCAUAGUUUCCGGCACACUCCUCGCUAAUGCUCCGUCUUUAUCGUCUCUCCCAACCACUUCUUUUGCCUCCUUCCACCCUGGCUGGUUGAUUUUAAACCGCAUCAUCGGUGGGCCAGCACCACAUCCAAAGAGUCCCGGUUCUCCUGGUGGAGAUUUGGCUUAAUCAGCACAGAACGCUGCAGGGAUGAGGAGAUUUUAGAGGCCAACCCCAGAACUUAGCAUCUUGUUCACUCAACAAAAGGUCAAUGGGAUUCUUCCAUUGGAAAGGUUACGAUAUUUUCACGUUAACUAACCUGAGGCUAGGAAUUAACUACGUGUAUACUGUCGUACAGCAAAUCCUUCAAAUCCCAAAAGCUUGUGUUAUCCACCAACCUUAUUUCAGUCUAACCGAAAACCCGUUCAAAGAACCCACUGACAGAGCCGAGGGAACCGGAAGGACAACACGAAUGCUGCUAACUCGUUUCUGGGUUUUCCGGCUCAUUCCGACUCAUUCCUGCAGCACCGGAUUCAUACGUCAAAGUCCCGCACUCCAGUUUUAAGAUGAAAUACUCCGUGGAUAUGGACAACGUUGGAAACAAGUGUGUGUGCUUAUCGAGGUCGUGUGUAUGCUGAACAUGAGGGUCUACUGGCAUCUUAUUUACGAUGUCUUCAUUUCAGACAAACUUCAUUUAAUGUUGACUGUUGUGAUUGGGGAUUUAUUGACUUAAUUGUCUGCUUCGAAAUUGAAUUUGCCUUGUAAAUAUGAAAUGUGUCUAGCACAAUUUUUUUUUUUUUUUUACAGCAAUACAAAAUAAUGUGAUCUAAAUAAAGUAAAGGGGUUAGUCUUACAAACCUGUCAACCGUGAAAUGUUAAGAUGAUUAAACCAAAUGGUUUGAAAGCUAUUCUCCUGUUCAAGUGUUUUAUAUAUAGAGUAGAUAUCUCAAAUUUGACUGACGCAUUAUAUAAAAAUGAUAUGAAUACAAGAACAGUUUGGAUAAUGGAUUGACAGAAAGGUUUCUCUUGAGAGAGGUUUUUGUAUAAUGUCCAUUACUGGCAUGUAAAUCAAGUGAUAUACGAAUAAAUGUGAUGUAUACUA